UUUUAAUUUUGUUAUCCAAGCGUCCGGAACUUCCAACAAACAGGACACACGCCAUGUUUGCGUUAAACGCGGCGAAGUUGUGUCGCUGACAUCCCUCUUCCCGUAAAGACGCUUAAAACUGUCGCACAAAUGGAAAUGGUGCCGAGCGAGGAGAACCAGUUCGUCCCCAAAGAGGGAGUCUUUUGGAGUUGCAGACAGAGUAUUUUUGAUGAGAUGAAGAAGAUUACUCAGAUUCAAAAUGCGGCAGAGGAGCCCCGAAUGCUGUGUAUAAUUCAGGACAUCACCAGUGCAAAGACAGUAAACGAGAGGCUCACCCUCAACCUGCCUGCCUCCACCAAGCUCUCCAAACUCUAUGAAGAUGUUGCCAAGAAAGCGGGAUAUGUGAAUGGCACCUUUGAACUUGCCUGGGGGAAUACACAAGACAUGGCACCACUGGACCACAGUGGUGAGAUGUCUCUCUCGGAUUCUGCAUUCGAGCCUGGUGGUAAAAGGAAUUUCCUCCAGCUAACUGACAAAGAUGGAGAGCAGCCACAGAUUGCCUCGGCGCAGGAUGAGUCUGCGACAGCAGACAGCAGUGGACUGGAUGACAGUUCCCAGGAGCGGUUUAUAGGGCCUUUACCAAGAGACAGUAGCACAGCAGGCUGCAGUGGUGACUACAGCAGUCCUGCUUACUCCUACUCGUCCAUCCUCAACAAAUCUGAGACAGGUUAUGUGGGCUUGGUCAACCAAGCUAUGACCUGCUAUUUGAACAGUCUGCUACAAACCCUCUACAUGACCCCGGAGUUCAGAAAUGCACUCUACAACUGGGCGUUUGAGGAGUCUGAGGAGGAUCCCGUCAACAGUAUCCCAUACCAGCUGCAAAGGCUGUUUGUUCUCCUGCAGACCAGUAAGAAACGGGCGAUUGAGACCACUGAUGUGACACGUAGUUUUGGCUGGGACAGCAGUGAGGCUUGGCAGCAGCAUGACGUUCAGGAGCUGUGCAGAGUCAUGUUUGAUGCCCUGGAGCAGAAGUGGAAGCAGACAGAGCAGGCCGACCUGAUCAACCAGCUGUACCAGGGGAAGCUGAAGGAUUAUGUCCGUUGUCUGGAGUGUGGUUAUGAGAGCUGGAGGAUUGAUACCUACUUGGACAUCCCUCUUGUGAUCAGACCCUUCGGAGCCAGUCAGGCCUACGGCAGUGUGGAAGAGGCUUUGCAAGCAUUUAUCCAACCAGAAACUUUGGACGGGCCCAACCAGUACUUCUGUGAACGAUGCAAAAAGAAAUGCGAUGCACGAAAGGGUUUGAGAUUUCUGCACUUUCCCUACCUGCUGACACUCCAGCUGAAGCGCUUUGACUUUGAUUACACCACUAUGCACCGCAUCAAGCUGAAUGACCGCAUGACUUUCCCAGAAGAGCUGGACAUGAGUCCAUUCAUCGAUGUGGAAGAUGAGAAGUCACCUCAAACAGAGAGCAGCACUGACAGUGGAGCAGAGAAUGAAGGCAGUUGCCACAGUGACCAGAUGAGCAACGAUUUCUCCACAGAUGAUUGUGUGGACGAGGGCAUCUGUUUGGACAGCACCGGCAGCACAGAGAGGGUGCUGAAGCCAAAGAGUUUGCCGACCUUUGAACUGUUCUCUGUCAUGGUCCAUUCUGGGAGUGCUGCGGGUGGCCACUACUACGCCUGCAUCAAGUCUUUCAGUGACGGCCAGUGGUACAGUUUCAACGAUCAGCAUGUUAGCAAGAUCACCCAUGAUGAUAUCAGGAAGACAUAUGGGGGAUCCUCAGGGAGCAGAGGCUAUUACUCCAGUGCAUUUGCAAGCUCUACAAAUGCAUACAUGCUGAUUUAUAGAUUGAAAGAUCCCUCAAGGAAUACAAAGUAUUUGGCUGUGGACGACUUCCCCGAGCACAUAAAGAGUUUGGUUCAGAAGGAGAAAGAGUCUGAAGAGCAGGAAAAGCGUCAGAGGGAGAUCGAGCGCAACACUUGCAAGAUUAAGCUGUUCUGCAUGCAUCCUGUGAAGAUGAUGAUGGAGAGCAAGCUGGAGGUACACAAGGACAAAACUCUCAAAGAAGCAACAGAGAUGGCCUACAAGCUGAUGGACCUGGAGGGAGUGGUCUCUCUGGACUGCUGCCGCUUGGUAAAGUACGACGAGUUCCACGAGUACCUGGAGCGCUCCUACGAAGGCGAAGAAGACACACCAAUGGGCCUGCUGCUGGGAGGGGUCAAGUCGUCUUAUAUGUUUGACUUGCUGCUUGAGACCCGCAGACCAGAACAAGUGUUCAAGCCUUACAAACCAGGAGAGGUGAUGGUGAAGGUUCAUGUUGUUGAUCUGACGACUGAGAGCAUCGCUUCUCCGAUCAGUGUUCGGGCGUACUUGAACCAGACCAUCACUGAAUUCAAACAGCUUAUUGCACAGGCUACAGGGCUUUCUGCAGAGACCAUGCGCGUGGUCCUGGAGCGCUGCUAUAAUGACCUUCGACCCCUAUGUGUUCCAAACAAGACACUGAAAGCUGAGGGGUUCUUCAGGAGUAACAAAGUCUUUGUGGAAAGCUCUGAGUCGCCAGAUCAUCAGGUUGCUUUCACUGACUCACUCUUGUGGAAACUUUUGGAUCGUCACGGUAACACGAUAAGACUCUUGGUUUUACUGCCUGAGCAGUCUCCUGGUACUAUGGCCAACAGAACUCCUUGCCAAAAAGUAGGCGUUGACUCCGAGGAGCCCUUUGAGGGGUCAAAAGGCAACAGGAAGUCAGUGGAGGCUAUCCUGGAGGAGAGCACGGAGAAGUUAAAGAAUCUGUCUCUGCAGCAGCAGCAGCAGCAGGGCUCCAGCACUAGUGACAGCCAGAAAAGCUCUGACGCCAGUGACUUUGAACAUAUUGAGUCCCCGACACAGGAGGCUGACUCAAACUCUUCACUCUGUGUGGCUGCAGACAACAGAGAGUUAGAGAACCGGAUCAAGGCUGUGGCAGGGGGCAGCAGCGGUGGCUCCUCCGACCCUGAAAAUCAAUUUGCAUGUGAGGAGCGCUCGGAUUCUGAGGUGAACAAUGACCGCAGCACCAGCUCAGUAGACAGCGACAUCCUGAGCUCCAGCCACAGUAGCGACACUCUUUGUAAUGCAGACAGCGGGCCCAUUCAGCUAGCCAACGGGUUGGACUCUCACAGCAUCACUAGUAGCCGACGCUCAAAAGCCCAUGAGGGCAAAAAAGAGACCUGGGACACUGCUGAGGAAGACUCAGGGACAGACAGCGAGUAUGACGACAAUGGGAAGAGCAAGGCAGAGGCUCAGUACCUCUACUUCAGGGCAGAGCCUUGUUCUCAGGAUGACUCCUCUACGGAUACACAAAAAAGUUUAGUGCUUCACGUGGACAAGAGAAUAACAUUGGCAGCAUUUAAACAGAACCUGGAGCCCUAUGUGGGAGUCGCCUCCACCCAGUUCAAGGUGUUUCGGGUGUACGCCAACAACCAGGAGUUUGAGAGUGUACGAUUAAACGAAACCCUCUCAUCGUUCUCUGAUGACAACAAGAUAACCAUUCGACUAGGCAGAGCACUGAAAAAGGGUGAAUACAGAGUAAAAGUCUAUCAACUUUUAGUGAAUGAAGUAGAGCCCUGCAAGUUCCUUGUGGACACGGUGUUUGCCAAGGGAAUGACAGUGAGGCAGUCUAAAGAGGAGCUGCUCCCUCAGUUAAAAGAGCACUGUAAGCUCGACCUCAGCAUUGACAGGGUUCGUCUCAGGAAAAAGACAUGGAAGAACCCAGGCACAGUGUUUCUGGACUAUCAUGUCUAUGAAGAAGACAUCAGCAUCUCUUCGAACUGGGAGGUUUUCUUGGAAGUUCUUAAUGAACCAGAGAAGAUGAAGUCCAUGUCACAGCUGGCUGUUCUGACUCGGAGAUGGAGCCCGUCUACAAUGAAGCUGGGACCCUUCCAGGAAGUCAUUCUGGAGAGCAGCAGUGUAGAAGAACUCAAGGACAAGCUUAGUGAAAUCAGCAAUAUUCCUCUCGAACAGCUGGAGUUUGCAAAGGGUAGAGGAACAUUUCCUUGUGAUAUUUCUGUGCUGGAGAUCCAUCAAGAUUUGGACUGGAACCCUAAGGUGUCCACUCUUAACGUGUGGCCUCUGUACAUCUGUGACGAUGGAGCUGUGGUCUUCUACAGGGACAGCACAGAGGAGCCUAUGGAGCUCUCAGAUGACGAGCGUAAUGAGCUGAUGAAGAAGGAGAGCAGCCGUCUGCUCAAAACUGGACACCGUGUCAGCUACUCGCCCCGCAAGGAGAAGGCACUUAAGAUCUACCUGGACGGAGGCCCUGCCAAGGACUCGGGGCAGGACUGAGGCACUAAGCCCUGGCCCCGGUCUUUGGGAAUGGUGGCUACUGCAGCAAAGCAAAAUAGGCUUAUAUGACUCAGUCGGAGUAUCAGGCCUGAUAGAUACUUGAACAUCAAGCAGCGCUGUGAGGCUAACAGGCUCUCACCCUCCACUCAGAGCCACAGGAAGGGCUCAGAAAUCCUAUUGUGCACUAUAGUGUAUUGUACUGUAAAGUUUAAAGGGAAGUACGAAAGCUAUCCAAUACAGAAAGAGAAUCAAAUACUGUACAGACUAAUCAAUUGAACGUAAAAGCUCCAGAGAUGGAUGCAGAGAUGCAAGGACUGUGAACUGGACUGGAAGGCGUCCAUCCUGGCUAUUUAAGUUUCCUGUCUCCUUUUCCAUCUGUGUAUUUCACUUUGUCCCGUCACUUUGUGUUUCUCCUCCUGUUUCAGAAAUACUGUCGAUUCUGAUUCAUCCCUAACCAUCUUAUCUUUGGUGCUCAAACCUUUCUGAGCAUAGAGUUAAUAGUAAAAAAAAAAGUCUUCUGACGUUCGUUCACCUUCCUUUUAAAUAUUUGAAAACCAACAGCAUAUACAACUGAAAAACGACUCAUCCAGCCUCUUUUCAGUCUCGCCUCUUCUCUUGGGGCCAAACCUCACUCUCUCACUGACUUCGACAAGUCGAGAUAUGAAUUACUCUCUCAAGAUUUCUCGAAUCAAGAAAAGCAACAAUAAAUGUGUUAAUUUGA